GUCUUCGAUAUUCCCGAUAGUAUUCCGCGACGUUCGUGUCACGGCGGCGUGUGGCAGUGUUCUUACUACGCAACAUGUGCGUAAAUAGUGCCUGAGUUCGAAAAGCUCGAGAAUCAGAAUGCGUCUCCGUUUCCUUUUACCGGCUCAUUUCAUCGGGGCGAUUCGUAGGAAGGUGAAAAAGAGAACGAUCUCGUCGACUCGGAGGGAGUCCCAGUCAUCUCUGGAGAAACUGGAACGGAUUCGCAGCAUUCCAGAGAUCGAGAUCGAACUCCCGCCAAUCGAACACAUAACUGUUCCGGAGUUGGUGGUGUCCGAAGCUGCUCGUCUAGAACCUCCAGCGGAACUACACGAAACCAUACAUUCAACCUCAUCCCGAGGACGCAAUGGAUACCGGAAUCACGGAUAUUCUUCAUUCGCCUCUAGCAACUCCAGUCAUCGCAUUGGAUACAGGUUGAGAAGACCCGUGAAAAAGACGAGAAAAUCUAAAACACCGUUCCAGAAAAAGAUGCAUCUCUUGGCUCACUUGCUCCCACUCUUCCACGACACCUUAUCUAUGUUUCAUGACGUUUGCCAAGCGGCAGAACUCAUGCUGCAAUUUCUCAAAAGUACCCUGGACACUUGUCGACACCUACCUAUCGUGGUUCUAGUGAUAUUCCUGGUUUCGAGCUUAGAGACGAUUUUGACGAUUGUCUUCUCGACAGUGCUCCUGGCUUUGCACAUAUACUCCCCGAAAAUAUUCAGGCCCCGAUGUAAAGUGCGAGCGCUCCCUCGAAUAUCGAUACGGAUGUGUAUAGUUUUCCAGAAGAGCAUUUCCUUAGCCGCCGUGGGCAUAAAUGUAGUAUCCCUACGUGGCGGCGCAGCUUCGGUCUCGGUAUGGAUGAGUGCUUUGUCUUUGUUAUAUUUCGGACAAUUCAUGGGUUAUCUGAAUUCUUUCAAACUGGCAAUUUUAAUCUCAGUGCUUCUGACGAAAGCAGCACCACAACAAGCUUUGAGGUGCUUGAAACAUUUCAAAAAACAAAUCAAGCAAGCUCCCGGCACUGAGCUUUUUCGAACAAAUCAGAAAAAAUAA